UCAAAAACCGUCAUAAAUCUAGACGUACCUACCAUUUCAAAAAAAUUGACAUAAAUUUGGUAAUGCUUUUUGUUUGGAUUGAGAAUUAAUUUACAUUAUUAGCCUCAUAAUGGGUUGUUUCUACUCUCGAAGAACGGAGGAAGAAGAUGGAUUAUACGACAUGACACCAAUUAAACAUCUGCCAGUAAUCUUUGUGAACGGCGUGCCAGGUGCCGGCAAUCAAACUGUGGCAGAGACCAUCUCCAACAUCACAGGCUACAUGAUGAUCAGGCCCGGAGAGCUGGUGCGCGCAGAAUCUGAGAAAGACACGGCGAGGGGUCGCCUCAUUUGUGAUAAGUUGCAGGCCCAAGAAGAAUUACCAGAGCAAUUAACGGUGGACCUGAUCAAAGAAAAUAUGCUUAUGAACAAGGAUGCCUCGGGAUUCAUCCUGGUUGGUUUUCCACGGAAUCCUCGCAUGUCCAAUAUAUUUAACAGACAAGUCAAAUGGCCGGAGAAAAUUGUAGCACUUGAAGUGGACAACGAGCUAGCAGCAACAAGACUACAAAACAAGUUAUCAGAACUAGGCAGACCAGAAUCGGAGAUCAAUGCAGCUCGGCAGAUUGUGAGAGAAGCUGCGCACAAAGUGAAAAGCGUACAUAAGAGAUUUGGUGGCCACGUUAUCAGGUUGGACAGCAGUGGGAACCCCACAGCCUUGGCCACAGCACUCAAGGAGAUCCUUUCCGACACCAUAGACAAGAGCCGGAAACAAGAGCACGCCCCCUCAUCAGUGUCCGCACCCGCCAUGAUCCAGCCUCCCGAUGAAUCGCGAGACACCACCGAGGAGCGUGAAAUAGUUUCUACGUGAUUUGAUAUUAAUAUGUUAAUUGUUAUGUUUUUAAAUUUUAUUAUAUUAUGGUUUAAAUA